CUUUCUAGAGCCGAAAGACUCUGUACAGAUUAUCGAGAGUUCUAAUGGAGCCCCCUGACUGUAGGUUGUGCUCCAUACGAUGUUUGCAUGAUCCCGCGCAGGCGUGCAUCUGCAUAGAUGCUGGUGUUCUUGCGGGUCAAGUCUGAAUAUCUCAUAGCCUGGAGUGUCUCAGGAUCUAGGUCUGUUUGCGCAGCUCGCUAUGUCGGAGCAUCUUCUUGCAUCCAUAAACCAGUUUCUCGGUCUAAAGAGGGAGCUUCGCGAUUUCCAUAUUGUCUGGGUAUAUGCAUCGCGUGCCCAAUAUCCUUAGCAGAUCUACGUGACAGAGCUCAAAUUCGUAUCUAUUUGGUCUCUGAGUCAAUCUCAAUGACGGAUACUUUGCCGUGGCAGGUGAGCCAUUCUGGGGUCCAUCAACAUACACUCUGGGGGUAGCGUCAGUGCGGGAUCUUUGGGAGAUGGGGAGCUUUGAGAUUAUCUACCAGCGCACUUCCCUCUUACCUCCAACAUCAACAUCAGCACUGAAGUCGUAUUGUACCG